AUGAACAGCAUUACUCAUUUUAGCCCUCCACAUGAGCUUAAGCGAGAGGAAAUGGUUAUACGGAGUUACGAGAAAUGUAAACUGUGUCAGCAAGAGGUUCUUCCAGGAGUGGUAUAUAGGUGUGAGAGACCUAAAUACUUGGUUCAUGGAAGCUGUGCUGAACUUCCAUGGCAUCUGAGGCAUCCCUUUCAUCCUGAUCACACUCUUACUCAAUUUGACAUCGCACCUGACUCCAAAAGUUGCAGUGUUUGUGGUGACCAUUUUGGGGGCUGCGCUUACCGGUGCUCUGAAUGUGAAUUCGUAUUGAAUCUUUCUUGUGCUGCCUUGACACCUUCCAGGAUUAGGGGUCCAGAACUUAAGAUUAAUCAUCAGCAUCCCGUUACUGCUUUUGACAAACCAAAAGACCACAAGUAUUCCUGCUUUAUUUGUGGCGAACCUUUUGGAUAUUAUCAAGCUAUCUACUUUUGUUCGGAAUACAAACGCUCUGCAAUCUUUGCGGUCAAUGGCCAAGUCCGCGUUUUUUUAUUCCAAUGUUCCUCGUGCGACUACUGUGAAGACCUUGAUUGUGCCAAGUUGGUGCCAACAAUCAUGGACUCCGACAGACCUGAUCAUGGAUACAUUGAAGUUCAACCUACAAGCCACGACCAUCGUUUGAUUCAAUGUAACAGUAUAAAGAAUUUCAAACGUAACUGCUCUGGUUGUGGACUACCAUUCGAUGAUUCCAUUGACGUUUGCCUUCAUUGCCGUGCAUUGCUACAUGAAUCGUGUGCUAACAUGCCCGAGAAGGUCAUACACUCUUUUCACCCUCAACCUCAACAUUGCCUUACCCUUUUUGAUCGUAGUUCGAGUCUCCUUUAUGCUUCCGUUUUCUGUAGUGCAUGUGGUGUCCCUAAAAACCUCAUUUACAUGUGUCAGAAGUGUAAUUUUAGCUUGGACAUUAAAUGUGCUACUGCAAAGCACCCCUUAAUUAGGUCUAAAAUUCAUCAGGAUGAUCUUGCUUACUUCAACAACACAUCAGACAACUGA